CUAAUUCCUAAAGCAGAAGAAGAAGUUAGCCUCACUGGUUCGGGGCGGUUGCAGACGACGUGGACGCAGUUUGUGCGGGAAUAAAACGCGUUUCUUUGCGGUUGUUCGGUCCAAACUACUCCACACACGAGACGAUUUAAUUUAACUGACACCCUCGCGCCUCGUUGUGCGGACUUUAACCGACGUUCAGACUCAUCCGCGGCUCAGAUUCUAACGUUGUUCAGCGGAAGGCUACCAGGCCUCGCAGCCUAACCACCGCCAUGAGUUACGGGAGAGCUCCGCCAGACGUCGACGGCAUGACUUCCCUCAAAGUGGACAACUUAACGUACCGGACCUCGCCGGAGACCCUCAGGCGGGUGUUCGAGAAGUACGGCCGGGUCGGGGACGUGUACAUCCCCCGGGACCGGUACACGAAGGAGAGCCGCGGGUUCGCCUUCGUGCGGUUCCACGACAAGCGGGACGCGGAGGACGCGAUGGACGCCAUGGACGGCGCGCUGCUCGACGGACGGGAGCUCCGGGUCCAGAUGGCCCGGUACGGCAGACCCCCUGACUCCCACUACGGUGGAGGAGGUGGAGGAGGAGGAGGAGGGCGACGCGGAGGAGGAGGACCGGCCAGGAGGCACGGCGGCCACGGGCGCCGGAGCAGGAGCUCUUCUCCCAGCCCGAGACACAGGCGUCGCAGCCGCUCCCGCAGCCGGAGCCGCUCCCGCUCCCGGAGCCGGUCCCGCUACAGCAAGUCCAGGUCCCGCUCCUACUCCCGCUCCAAGUCCCACUCCCCCAGGGAGAAGAAGGCCAAGGCCAAGUCCCCGUCCCGUUCCAGAUCUCGAUCCAGGUCCCGGUCCAGAUCCAGAAGCCGCACCCCUUCCUCCAAAAGAGGGUCCCGCUCAAGAUCCAAAAGCCCGCCGAAGCCUGCAGCAGAGAACGGAGGCGAGACCCCGUAGAGCUCAGCACGGCGGCAACAGAUUUCAGGUGACGUCAGAACUUCGAGCCCGAGACCGGAUCCAACGCAAGCAACAGUGUCCCGCUGUGAAAGGUUAUUAUUGUGUCUUCCACGCUUUGGUUUCUUUUUAUUCAUUCAGCCA